AAUAAACAUUCCUUCGGAGGUAUGGUUUUUGGUUGGAGGAAAGCCGCUGAGGUUCUCUCUAUAUGAAUAUGAAGAAAUUAGUGGUUUGAAUUGUGAGAAGAUUGAUGAAACAGAGUUUGAAGUCGAUCAUACACCUUUAUGGGCGGCUUUAAAGGUGAAAGCUUUUAAUGGACCCAACUGGGAGGAGCUAGUUGAGGGUUUGAGAAGCUGCCGUGGGUGGUCUGAUGAAAUGAAGACGCAGAUAGCUCGGUUGUAUCUUGUUCAUGUUGGAGUGCUUGGUUUAUCAAGGAACAGUCGGAUUCCUCUGGAAUACGCUAAAAGGGCGUUGAAUGAAGAAGCAUUUGAGAGUUUUCAAUGGGGUAGGGUUGGAUUCAAGAGUUUAGUUGAUUCCAUCAAAGUCCUUGGGUUACCUAACAAUGCUUAUACCCUCCAUGGAUGUGUCCAUGUAUUGCUGAUAUGGGCAUUUGAGAGCGUGAAGGUGCUGGGGGCUAGCUACGGGAAUGUAAGAGAAGGUGUAGAUUUGCCUCUGUUAAGGUGGAGAGGAGGGAGGCCAAGGAAGGAUAUCGAAGCCUUCAUAUCCGGGAGCAAACUCCUUAAUAAUGGGGAGCUUCAGGUGAAGCAUUUAGUACCUAAACCUUUGGAGUUCAUAUAUCCAGAUUGGCCAGGACAGUAUUGUGUGUAUGGUGUAGGAGAAGGUUUGAAGAAGAAACUGGAUAAUCUGCUGUUAGACGUGAUCAAUGGCGAAGUGGAUGAAAGAGAAUGGGAUUGUGUAAAAAAAAGGAAGGGGGAACAUACGAAGAAGAGGGAGAGGAGGCAACAUGUUGCAGGGGUAAGUGACGAUGAUUUCCUUGAAACAGCCCCAACCAGCAUCCGUAAUGUCCCCAAUAAUGCGAAGGAGCAGAAAGAAAGUGUUGGGGACAAAUGUUCAGCAGAGAAGGCGUCUGGAGAUAAGCAUUCAGGUGUGCAGGGUGAAGAUGGUAGUGGAAGGUUAUUUACUAUGGUUGAAACACUAGGGGCGAAAAUGGAUAAUAUUCAGAUAUCGUUUUCUAGAGCAAUAGCGGAAGUUGUGUUCAAACUUCAAGUUAUGGAGAGUAGGAUGGGUAACUUUGAGAGUGACGUUCAACUAUUGAAGAAAGUUGUUAUCAACACAACAGAUGGAGGAGCGCAUACGCAAGGACCUCUUACAUUAAGAAAUGACGAACAAAAAAUAGAGGAGGUAUGA